ACAAAGUGAUGGUCACAUUUGUAAUUAUUUUUUUGUUAUUGUUAUCAUUUUUUGUUUAUUUUAUUCUGCUACCUUAUGAACUUCUGCUGUGAAAGCUCAAAUCAGAUGUUGUUGUUGCCUAAGAUGUCCAGUAGGGUGCACUGUGGCGUUUGAUAUCUACUGCAGCUAGCAGCUCUGCUUCUCAGACUUGAGAAGCUGCUGAACAGAGAAGCCACGUUUCCUCGUGUCUCAUCCUUUUCACCCUGUUUACAGGUAUUUAAUUUGCUUACACUGACCCUGGGCUCGGGGAGUGUAACAGAUUCUUGGGGGCUCGUCCGGGAUUGGCGCCCCCUGGUGGUGGGAAGCUGAUCCAGUGAUUUCUGACAUCCGGGACCAAAGAGAGUUGCGGCUGCGUCGAGCGUACGGUGGAAGACUGCUUGGGAACUGGGCAUCAGACAAGCUAGAUGGAGAAGAAAGGUACCAAGACAGACGAUGAAAGGAAGAGUCUGGUGUGGGAAAUCAGAAAAGGCCUGUUCACGCUGUCGGCGGAAGAACUUUUCCAGAUCGCUAAAACCAUCGGCCCUGUACCCGAGAGAGACUCCUCAGAGCUUCGCGAUUCGGACCUCGAAGGUUGUUUUGAUUAUGUAAGCUGUUUUAUGUAUAGCAAAUCUUUACUUGACUCAGAAGACAUGGGUAUGAGUUCAUUGCUAAUGUUGAGGGAUGUGGUUAAUGAAAUCCUUGAAACCCGUGGUGCUGCAGCUCAGUUAGUUCACACACAAGCAGGCACAGACUCACAUGACACUCAUAUGCUAGCCUCCCCAGCUAACCCAGGCCUGGGAGACACCACACACCUGUCUGACACCAUGACACCUCCUUGUUUACCCAAUGUAGCUACCCAUAACAUGGAUGACUCCUCUCACCCAGAUUUACAGAGAAUGCUAGCGAGUUACGAACAGCUAGGUAGAGAGCUCCAACAAUACACAACCAUGUCUACACCACCAUCAACAUUAUCGGGAAGCGUACACACUGUUACACCCUCUGGUAAGACCCCACACACUUCUCAAUCUGAAAAGCCUACACACACAAGUGAUACAUUGGUCUCCCUAAGAGAUCUCUCAUACCUUCAUCGCAGGGAGUUUAAAGUACAGGGGGGUCAAAUUGGUGACCAUAGCUCAGACAUCACUUACAAUAAUAUACACAAGCAGAUCGAAGAGGGCAUCAGAGAGAACUUUAGUGAGGCAGAGAUAGUCAGGAGUGUGUUGAGAAUAGUAAAACCUGGGCAUUUCAAGGAUUUGCUCAUGAACAAAGAGGAUAUGACUAUCAACGAGCUGAAGAUAUUCCUACAAUCGCACUUAGGGGAGAAAAGCAGCACUGAACUACUGCAAGAUCUAAUGUGUGCAAAACAGAGUGAGUCCGAGACACCACAGCAAUUCCUCUACAGAGUAAUGGGGCUAAAACAAAAAGUCCUCUUUGCAUCAAAACAAGCUAAUGCAGACAUAAAGUAUAGUCCAGAAACAGUCCAGGGGGUCUUUUUACACACCAUAUAUCAGGGACUGGGCCAUAAAUACAAUGAUGUCCGCCGAGAAUUGAAGCCACUUCUAUCAGACAGCAUGGCGACAGAUGAGGCAAUCUUGAGACAAGUAACAAAGAUAACCAGUGACGAAACCGAAAGGCAGCGCAGAUUAGGCAUGAUGCAUCGAGCAAAACCGACAGUGGCUCACAGUGCUCAGCUUGAAAUGGACAGUCCUAAAACCUACAACCUCAGCCACGAUACUCUUGAAAGUAAAAGUAAGAAAGACCCUUUGAAACAGCUUAGUGACAAGAUUGAUGCUCUUACCAGUGUUGUUGACUCCAUGCGGCAGGCAGGCCUGGGUAAACCAAUACACACCUGUAAGUGCCAGAUGAAUAACCCACCUUUAGCUAAGAGGGAGAGAACAUAUGGAUGUACAAAAUGUGUUGAAGGAGGCUUACCCCGUUGCAGUCACUGCUUUAUCUGUGGUGAGGGAGGACACAGAGCCAUUGGCUGCCUCAAGAAAAUGGAGCAUCCGGGAAACCAGGGCCGGUCAUUGGCGAGGGACCACCAGUGAUCGGGUCAAAUGAGUCCCACUUUAAUGACAUCCCGGUGCUGCAGUCUAUCAGGGAGGGCCAGAGCCAUGUGCACAUGUGUCCACAAAAGACAAUAUCUGGAAAGUGUAAACCAAAUGUGACUCACCUUUCAUCUACGCCUGAGUUGCCAGUCAAUAAAAGUGAGCCUGUCGUAAAGCUCAUUGGGAAGAAAGCGAUUAUACAUUGCAACCUAAAUGGGUUAGCAGUAACAGCUUUACUGGACACGGGGGCCCAAGUAAGCAUCAUUGACCAGAGUUGGAAAGACCAAUACCUACCUAAUCAUGACACAAGACC